AUGUCUGACCAAGUCAAAUACACGCAAAAGCUCAAGGGUGACAAAGUCCUCAUCAUCGGCGGCUCUUCAGGCAUCGGCUUCUCAGCCGCAGAAGCCUGCGUCGAAAAUGGCUGUACCGUCAUCAUCUCAUCGUCGAACCCCGAUCGAGUCUCGCAGACCGUCGAGAAGCUGAAGAAGUCUUAUCCUUCCGCGAAGGAUCGCAUUUCCGGCCACGCCUGCAACCUCGGCGACGAGACCAACCUCGAGUCCAACGUCGCCUCCCUCUUCGAGAAAGCUGGCCAGCUCGACCAUGUAAUUCACACCGCUGGCGACUCCCUUGCCAUCAAACCCAUCUCAGAAAUCACCAUGGACAGUGCCAAGCAAGCCGGCAUGGUUCGCUUCUACGCGCCUCUCUUCGUCGGCAAGUACGCUCCGAAGUACCUUUCUCCUGGCCCCAAGUCUUCCAUCACUAUCACCACCGGCGCGGUCUCCGAACGUCCUAUCCCCAAUUGGACAGUCGUCAACUCAUACGCUACAGGCCUGCAGGGUAUGGUCAGAGGACUGGCAUUGGAUCUGGCGCCGAUUCGGGUGAAUCUGGUGAGUCCGGGAGCGGUGGAUACGGAGCUUUGGAAGGAUAUGGGAGCGGAGCAGAAGAAGAAGAUGUUUGAGGAGAUGGAGAAGAAGAUCCCCGUCGGAAGUGUUGCGAAGCCGGAGGAUGUGGCGGAGAGUUAUCUGUAUUGUAUGAAAGACCGGAAUAUUUCUGGGUCGAUGAUUAGUACCAGUGGUGGGCAUUUGUUGGUGGGUUGA